AUCUCCUUCCAAAGCUUCCAACCAAAUAAUCCCCUAAGAUGAGUGAUGGAGAAGGAAAGUUCCUCAUCUGUUUCCCAGAGUUGGCUAAGAACGAAAUCCCAUAUGCUUUCUACUUGUCAAAGUCUCUUUUGACUGGUUGGCUGGGGAUCUUUAAAUGCUUUUGGCUCUCAAUCUAGAAGCAGUUUCAGGCUCCAACUGCCUCAUCUCCUCCCUCCCCCCUCCCCCUUCCCCAAAUGGGCGCAAAAACAUCAAGAAACUUCGAUGGGUUUGUGAUGGUUUUGUAUUUAGGAUAGCAGGCCCCAGUUUGCUAUUCCGAGAGAUGGCGUCUUCUUCAGCAACUGCCGAACUUUGCGAUGCAAACCCAACCCUUCUUUCCGAGGGGGAACUGCGAGUUCUUGCGCCAAUCUUCCAAACGUACGGCCGAUGCCGAGCCUUCUCCGGCCCCGUGGUCACGCUCAAGGUGUUCGAGGACAAUGUUCUGGUCCGGGAAAUUCUCGAGAAUCCCGGGGAUGGAAAGGUCUUGGUUGUGGAUGGCGGAGGGAGCCGGAGAUGCGCCCUCGUUGGAGGCAACCUGGCAUUGCUGGCCCAGAAUAUGGGCUGGGCUGGUAUCCUUGUGAGCGGCUGCAUCAGAGAUGUUGAUGAGAUCUCCGGCUUGGACAUUGGAGUCACAGCCUUGGGGUCCAACCCCUUGAAAUCGAACAAGAAGGGGCUUGGUGAGAAGCACGUACCGGUCGACAUUGGGGGUACGAUGAUCCAUGAAGGAGAGUGGCUGUAUGCUGAUAGAGAUGGCAUCCUCAUCUCCAAGUCAGAGUUGUCUGUGUGACUGCUGCUCUGGUUCGAGCAAAUCAAAGAUACCCUGAAUAAGAACCAUUUGUUCGCUUUCUUUAUUGCACCAAGAAUACUCGGACUGUAACGUCAAAUUGUCUUCAGAUUGUGUGCAUGAUAGCCUUGUAUUCAGGGAUUGUUUUCAGCUAUUUGUCCAUGGGAUUCUUCUACUUGAACCUGUAACAAACACCACUCAUAGCUCAUGCUGUAGGCCUUCGAUUGUACAGGACAGCAGAUGGCAUAUUGCAACAUGGUUGAUCGAGCAGCCACAUUGUUCAUAAUUCAAGAAUUAAGCCAUGGAGGUAGAGGCAGCUAGAAGGAUAAAGGGAAAGCAUUUGAAAUGUUUUCGGAGUGCAUAGGAUAUUGACAUGGUGAGGAAUUUGACAGUGUUAG